GUCCCCGGGCGCCGGCUCCCGCCCGGGCCGCUUCCGCGGGCCGUUGGGCUGCGGGCUGGAGUCCCGCCCUCCGCCCCCACCCUCUCCGAGCCGCCCUGGCAGCGGACACCCAUGUGUGGGUUCGGUCUCCUGCGGGUCCCGCCGCUGCUGUUCCUGCUGCACCGGCUCGGGACCGGAAACACCUUGUUCUUCCUCCAAGCCCAGACCAUGAACCCGGGGGGCAGCGGCGGGGCGGGGUGCGCCCCGUCGGCGGAGGGACGCCGCCCUCGGUGUCUUCGGCUGUCCAGCGUGCCCGGAGCGGACCCGCAGCGCGGCAACGACCUGCUGCUGCUGGCGGCGGCGGGGGAGGGACCGGAGCCGCGGGGCCUCCCCGUGGACCUGGCCGCCGAGGAGCCGCCGCCGCCGCCGGCGCCCCAGCAUCACGUCCUUUAUUUCCCUGGGGAUGUGCAGAAUUACCAUGAAAUUAUGACUCGUCAUCCUGAGAAUUAUCAAUGGGAAAACUGGAGUCUAGAAAACGUUGCCACCAUUUUAGCUCAUCGGUUCCCCAAUAGUUAUAUUUGGGUGAUAAAGUGCUCCCGGAUGCAUUUGCACAAAUUCAGCUGUUAUGACAACUUUGUGAAAAGCAACAUGUUUGGUGCCCCAGAACAUAAUACUGACUUUGGAGCUUUUAAGCACCUUUAUAUGUUGUUAGUUAAUGCUUUUAACUUAAGUCAGAAUGGUUUGUUGAAGAAUGUGAAUGUUUGGAAUAAGGACUCCAAAGCAUCUGACUAUAGAUCAAAUUCUUCUAGUAAUGGUUGCAAGGUAGAAAAAGAGAGGACCUGUAAAAGAUCUGAUGAGUCAACCACAAGUGAUGGUGAAUAUCCACCAUCACUAAAAGGUACGUCUUUUACUUUGAUUGGAUUCAGUAAAGGUUGUGUUGUUUUGAAUCAGUUGCUUUUUGAAUUAAAAGAAGCCAAGAAAGACAAGAACAUAGAUGCUUUCAUCAAAAGCAUAAAAACAAUGUAUUGGUUGGAUGGUGGUCAUUCUGGAGGAAGCAAUACUUGGGUUACAUAUCCAGAAGUCUUGAAAGAAUUUGCACAAACAGGAAUUAUUGUUCACACCCAUGUAACGCCUUACCAAGUACGUGAUCCAAUGAGAUCAUGGAUUGGAAAAGAGCAUAAGAAAUUUGUUCAGAUACUGGGAGAUUUUGGUAUGCAGGUUACUAGCCAGAUUCAUUUUGCAAAGGAAGCUCCUUCCAUAGAGAAUCACUUCAGGGUUCAUGAAGUAUUUUAAGACUACGAGUAUAUUAAUGUACUUGUUCGAUGGAAGAGCAUGAGCACUUUGAAUGUUAUAAAUUCAUAUAAUGAAAUAUAUGAUGUAAUUUUUGGGGUGGGAAAAGCACACAUUCCUAAAAUAUGACUGUAAUGUGUAUUCCUUGUGAAUGUGAGCAGUUUUAAAACUUUGGGCUAGGUUAGGAUUAGUUAAUUUGAGAUCUAUAAGGAUGGUUUGUGAUAAUUCUGUGACAAAUAUGACCCCCUUAAAAAUGAAAAAAUUAACAAUAUAGUCUUGAAAGGACAACUAAAGUUGUUGGAAAUAAUUGACAUAUUGAGUAACAUUCUAAUUUUGAUGACUUAACAGUAUUUAACUACUUUGACAUUCAUGGAUCUAUUCUUGAUGUGUUACCGAGUAUUGUUUUUUUCCUAGUUGAAGUAUUUUAUUUACAAAUGUCCAAGAACAUGCAGUAGUAUAAGAUUGGUUUAAAAACCUAACACUUAAGUACUGUGGCUUAAUUUUUGUCAGUUGUUAAUUGAUUGUUCUUGGGUUUCUUGAAACUUGGCCAUAAGCCAGUUUAAAAAAAAUUAGUUGGACUAUAAUUAUAUAGGGUGAAUAAAAACACACUCAGAGCUAUGCUGCUGUCUUUGUAAGAGGCCAACAUAGGUAAAAUAAAUACAUACUGAUUUGUUAGUGCUCUACUGAAAAGGAGACAAUUCCACAGACUUAAAACAGUUUCUUUAGAAGCAUGAUCUUUGUCUGCCAAAAGAAAAUAGCUCUCUUUGGCCAAAAUGCAAAGUGACAUUACUAUAAGAAAAGUUACAAAAGCAAAGUUUGGAGAGACAAAUGAUUUCAUGUUGGCUCAAAAACUGAAUUUGUUUAACGCUGCUACAUAAUUUGGGUGAAGUUUCCUUCUGCCCGUUUUUUUCUUGACCUAGAUAAGUACAUUUUGAAAAACCAAGAUCUAAUGGAUUCCAACCAACCUUGAAACAUAACUAUAGGAUUAUAAAAAGUGAUCAGUUACUUUUUUGCUUAAUAAUAAUCUUGAAGGUCAUGAAAUAAGCAGGGAAGUAAUGUGCUGCUUUAGGACUGAAAAAAUAAGAUUAAUGUCUUAAGACCAAGAGGAACUAAAUUUGGUAAAACAAUAUAGAAAAUGCAAAUUUCUUGGUUUCUUCCCAGAAUUAUAUUUUGAUGACUAUAAACACAUUCCAAAUAUUCAUAGUUAUGAUAAAGGAUCCUUUCAGACCAGAUGCU